GUUUAGCCUGUUGGGGAAUUUUCUGAAGCAGCAGAGAAGCACAAGAAGAAGAAGGAGAAAGAAAGGUCCCUCCUUUAUGAGAAGAUUCAGUACAGAAAACCACAAGAAGUGAAGAAACCACAAGAAGCUUAGUUUAUAUAUGAAGAGAAAGAGAGAAGUGGAAAAGGAACCUGAAAUGAGGUCUGCAACUGCAGAGCUUUCAGUGUUGGCUCAGUUCAAACCUGUUGAUCAUGCCGCUUCUGACAUACCCACCAAGCCCUUCCUCUCUGUUUGCAAUUUGAUCCUUCAAUUUCUUGAUAAGGUAGGACCGACAAUGACUGUUCUAAGACAAGACAUUCAUCAGAAUAUUCAGAGGUUGGAGAGCCUAUAUGAGUCUGAUCCUUCCAUGUAUUCAAAUAUGGUAGAAAUUCUUAAGAAAGAGACAAAUGAAGGGAGUACUAGGAAGCUCACCAGCUGUAGCAGAGCGUUUCUGUGGCUGACAAGGUCCCUGGAUUUUAUAGUGUCCUUAUUGCAGAAGUUAAAAGAAGAACCUAGGAUGAGCAUGGAGCAAGCAGUAGAGGAAGCGUAUAGCCUCACUCUUAAGCCAUGGCAUGGAUGGAUAUCAUCUGCUGCUUUCAAAAUAGCUCUGAAACUUGUGCCUGAUAGCCAAACCUUUGCUAAUCUUCUAAUGGCCAAAGACAAAAAAAAUGACACCCUUUCGGAGGAAAUCGACUCCUUCAUUUCCCGGCUCUCGCCUUUUCUAGAAGAUAUCCAUUCUAUUCUGAGACUGUACAGGUUAGAUCGCUUGAAGUCUGCAUAGAGCGAGACCAAGGGACAAAAGAAGAACAAUUUCACAAGUUUUGAGUUCUCUUUGUUUCAUUUACAUUUUCUUACAUGUAAAUACACUGUCAUACGCGUAUCAUAGGAAAUUUUCCUUGUUUUCCAUCCAAACUUGGUGCAGGUAUUGUAUGCAUACACUUAUGGUCUUUCUGUUUCAUACAGAUGUAAUAGGUAGGUUUGCCAUGUAACUUGUAGAAUUACUAGGCCUCGAGUCGAAUCUGUAAUCUUGAACUGCAUAAUAUAUGGUGUUUUCUGUUUA